AUGGCGCCCUUGUCUCUGCCGCUGUCGUCUCUGCUGAAGCACCGGGACUGUCUGCACAUGGCCAAUAUCUUCUGUAACGUCUUUCAGAGUUUACACCACCGGCCGCUCACAUCGCGUUCAUGGAGACGGAAUUUCGGAGCGGUGGCCAAUGGAGUCGGACAACUCCUGUCACUGCGACCCAGAGCCAAAAACUACGCAGCAUCUGUUUGUAGCAGCUCAUCGGACGGUCCGGACAUGACAGAGAGGCUGUGGAGUGUUUACAAUGAGACCAAGAGGCAGAUUGAAGAUUUGAUCCCAGCCAUCGCCACCAACUCAGUCAACCCUGACACCAUUUUUGCCAACAACGAGAUGAGCCUGCGAGACACAGAGAUCUACGGCUUCGACUACGACUACACCCUGGCAUUCUACUCCAGGCACCUCCAUACCCUCAUCUUCACUAUCGCCCGGGACAUCCUCAUCAGUAACCAUAGGUAUCCAGAGGGGCUGCGAAAUUAUGAGUACAUCCCUAAUUUUGCAGUAAGAGGACUUCACUAUGAUGUACAGAAGGCAAUGCUGAUGAAGAUAGAUGCUUUUCACUACAUCCAGUUGGGAACUGUAUACAGGGGUCUUCAUCCAGUUCCUGAUGAGGAAGUAAUUGCCAUGUAUGAAGGUUGUCACGUACCUCUAGAGAACAUGAGCGACUUCUAUGGCAAGAGUUCCCAUGGCCACACCAUGAAACAGUUCAUGGAUAUAUUCUCCCUGCCUGAGAUGACCCUCCUGUCCUGUGUCAAUGACUUCUUCAUGAGGCAUAACAUCGACUAUGAGCCAGUGCAUCUUUACAAAGAUGUAAAGGAAGCCAUUAGAGAUGUUCACGUCAAGGGCAUUAUGUACCGAGCCGUGGAGGCAGACAUUGAGAAAUACAUUUGCUAUGGCGAGCAGAGCCACGCUGUGCUGAAGAAGCUGUCAGAGCAUGGAAAAAAGAUGUUCCUCAUUACCAACAGCCCGUUUGACUUUGUGGACCGAGGAAUGACCUACAUUGUAGGGAAGGACUGGCGGGACCUAUUUGAUGUUGUGAUCGUUCAGGCCGACAAACCUGGUUUCUUCAACGACAGGAGAAAACCUUUCAGGCGAGUGACAGACAAAGGCGCGCUGCUGUGGGACAGGAUUCACAAGUUGGAAAAAGGAAAGAUCUACAAACAGGGAAAUCUUUACGAGUUCCUGAGACUCACCGGCUGGAGAGGAUCCAAAGUGCUCUAUUUUGGUGAUCACAUCUACAGUGACUUGGCAGAUUUGACACUAAAACAUGGCUGGAGGACAGGCGCCAUCAUCCCUGAGCUGAGGAAGGAGAUCAAGAUCAUGAACACAGAGCAGUACGUGCACAUGAUGGCCUGGGUACAGGCACUGACUGGACUCAUCGAGCAGAUGCAGGUACACAGAGAUCCGGCAUCACAGGCUGUCGUCGAGGAGUGGAUCAGAGAAAGAGAAGCCAUGAGGUCACAGACGAAGGACAUCUUCAACUCUCAGUUCGGGAGUCUCUUCCGGACGUACCACAACCCCACCUACUUUUCACGCCGACUCUCGCGCUUUGCUGAUAUCUACAUGGCCUCCAUCAGCUGCCUGCUCAACUACGACCUCAAGCAUACCUUUUUCCCUCGCCGUACUCCCCUGCAGCACGAGUCCCCCUUCUGCCCUGAACACAGCCCUGCAGAUAUCAGCGUCUCCUCGCAGCUCAGCAGGACCAAAGCAGAGUCCGAUUAGAGAGAAAGAGGAUUCAACAGGGUUCAAAAAUACAGACUAAGAUUGAAUGAUCUCAGUUGCUGACUUAAUUAUUUCAUUUUUUUUAAUUUAGGUUUUGAGACAUGGCAUUUUAGAAGAUGCAUGACACAUUUUAAGCUAUAAUUGGUAACAGUCGUGUAAACUGUUUGUGUUUAUUAAGCUUUAAGAUAGUGAAGAACAGGCUCUCAAGGAGUUCAGUCAUCAAAAUGACACGACAGAAAUGUUUUCACUUAAAACCUGGACACCUUGUAUUUUACAUUUGUAUCACACAGAAUUUAAAACAUUGAAUGCACUGAUUGUUUUAGGUUUGCAUUUGUGUGCGUGUGUCUGUGUGUGUAUGAGAGAGUAGGGUAGUAAGAAAUUAUGCAAAGAUGAUGUAUUUACACAGUCUAAACAACAGGGGGCAGUCGCACAUCAUGUCUGUAACUUGAAUUUUACACCCUGCCUGUACAUUUGCUUUUUUAUCCUCUGCAUCUGUAAAACUGUAAGAGACUGUCCAUUAAUUUACAUUACAAACUGCUGUGUUGCCUUAAUCUCUUCUUCACAUUACUGCAAUGUAUAUAUUUUUGUAAUAGCCUAAUCAUGUAAUCUAUUGCAGUCAAGCUUUUCAAAUUUUUCAUUUUAGUUUAUUUCAUUUUUGGACUUCUCAUUGUGGUAACACGCUGCACAUGUAUGUUCUGACAGCUAAUUACUAAAACCAGCUCCGCACAACACAGCCUGUACUGUAUGUUUAAUUUCAGCACAUGAGAAAUGUUAACAUUUGUCAGGAAAAAAAACAGAGCCUCGUUUCUAUAUUUAGCAGGCAUGUUGUUAUUUGAUCUGUUAAGGCAGUGUCGAGUUUCAUGUGUUUGACACUUCUGCAGAAAAUGCGUGAAAUGUUUUCUCACAUGCUGGGAUGAAUGCUGGAGAGUUAAUGUAUCUGAUGUAUAAUCUGGGAAAAAAAGGGAAUUUAUAAAUAUCAGUGGCCACAUCCAAGACCUCAUCCUCAUGGUUUGUUUGUGUUUCUGCAGUUUAAAUAUGAUGUUGUAUAUUUUUUUUUCACUAUUUAUUAAAAUGGAAAUGGAUUAAUGAUCGUA